ACCCCUCACGUCCAUAUUCAUUUCAUUCGAAGUCCCGCACCUACUUUUUUUUGUUCAUUCUCUCUCUCUCUCUCUCUCUCUAAGUUGUUGUUCUUGCCCAGCAUCUUUUUCUUCUUCUGCAUUUCUGUAACGUGCUGAUGAUGAGAAUAUCUGCGAAAAUGGCGGCUUUCUUCCGCGUAUCCACCCUCUCUGUCAUGGCUCUAGCCGUCUUCCUCUGCUCUGUCUCUGCAGAUCCCGACCUCCUCCAAGAUGUCUGUGUUGCUGAUCUUGCUUCAGGAGUAAGGGUCAAUGGGUUCCCUUGCAAGGCCACGUUCAACGCGACCGACUUCUCCUCGAACAUCCUGGCCAAGCCCGGGGCCACGAACAACUCCAUGGGGUCUCGCGUUACCGGGGCCAAUGUCAUGAAGAUCCCGGGCCUCAACACGCUCAGCAUCUCCCUCUCCCGGAUCGACUACGCCCCCGGCGGGCUAAACCCGCCCCACACACACCCAAGGGCCACCGAGGUCGUGUUCGUGCUCGAGGGCGAGCUUGACGUCGGGUUCAUUACUACGGCCGACGUGCUCAUCUCCAAGUCCAUCCAGAAAGGAGAGAUUUUCGUGUUCCCCAGAGGUCUGGUCCACUUCCAGAAGAACAACGGUAAGGAGCCCGCGGCUGUCGUUGCAGCCUUCAACAGCCAGUUGCCGGGGACUCAGUCGAUCGCAGCCACGCUCUUCGCAGCCAGCCCGCCGGUCCCGGAUAAUGUGCUGACCAAGGCAUUCCAGGUGGGAACCAAGGAGGUUAAUAAGAUCAAGACCAGGCUUGCCCCAAAGAAGUGAUCCUAUAGAUUGUUUAUUUCAUAUGGAAACAAAAACCACUAUUUUGUUGUUAAUGUCUGUUGUUUGUUUUUACAUUUGGAAAUUGGGAAAUUGUAGCUUUGUGUUUAAUAAGUGAGUGAGUGAUGGAAUUUGACUGACUAUACUUUAUCAAUGGAAACAUCUCAUUUGGGAUUUUACUCA